UGUGUAUUUAUAUAUAACUGACCCAACCUGCAGUUUCAGAUUUCAGAUCUAGCUUAUCACCCUGCCAGUUCCUUCCAGCUUUUGGAUAUUCCUCUGCCUUUUUGCUGACGGAUCUGUUAGGGUGAAGAAAGGAGCUGUUACCGCUUCUUUUUUCUCUUUUCCUCUUUCUUUUUUCCUUUAAGUUCUUCGGUGAAAGUUCCCAACUGUCUUUUUCCAGUCUCCACCUUUAAGUCGUCAGUCUUGAUAGCAGGGAUUUAACAACGAGAUCUUGUACUCAAACUACGGAGGGAUGCUGCUCACUUUACCUGAAGUCAUAAUGAAAGACGGAACACUUUCCUUCAUCCAGUGAUUGGCCAGACCCCAGAAGUGAACAAUCAUUUUGGUUUGCAAAGAUCUGUCUUUGACAUGUCAAGCAAAGCAAGUAGCAAGCGGCCGGCAACAGUCAGUAGUGAAUCCUCCAAUCACACAAUGGUUUCAGAGGUGCCUCAGGAACGACCAAAUGGCAGAGCAUCAUCACGUACUUCCAGGAAAGGAAUUGCUUUUGGAAAACGUUCUAAUUCCAUGAAGAGGAAUCCCAAUGCUGCGGUGACCAAGAACGGUUGGCUCUUCAAACAGGCCAGCUCUGGAGUCAAGCAAUGGAAUAAGCGCUGGUUUGUAUUGGUGGAUCGCUGCCUUUUUUACUACAAAGAUGAGAAGGAGGAAAACAUCUUGGGCAGCAUCCCACUUCUCAGUUUUCGAGUGGCAGCUGUACAGCCAUCGGAUAACAUCAGCAGAAAAUAUACCUUUAAGGCUGAACAUGCUGGCAUCCGGACCUAUUUCUUCAGUGCUGAGAACAAUGAAGAACAAGAAUCCUGGAUUCAAGCCAUGGGCGAGGCUGCUCGGGUUCAAAUCCCACCUACUCAAAGGUCAGCUGUUCAAAAGAUGGGUGGAAGUCAUGAAAAGACUGAUUGUGAGAACAUUCCUCCUAGCAAAAAUCAUCAUCAUCAUCACCAGCGCAGUAUUCUUACCAGGGAGCUUGCCAAAGCUGAGUUGGAAGCAAAAACCAGAGGAGAAGGUGAUGGACGUGGUUCCGAGAAGAUUGAAAGAAAACCAGAACGUGUUGCAAAUAAGAAAGAGGCACUGGUGAAAACCAAUGGCAUUGCCAAUCAAGAUACACCCUCGGAGCCUGGAAGCCCUUAUCCUGAAGCAGCUCGUGUGCCAGCUGGAGUGGAGAGAACCCCACAGCCAAAUGGUUGGCAGUAUUCAUCCCCAACUCGUCCUGGCAGCAUGGCCUUUCCACAGCAUGAUGGCGAUACUGUUAUCUCUCGUCGGAGCUUUGCACCUCGCACUAAUCCGGAAAAGAUUGCUCAGAGAAAAAGCUCCAUGACCCAGUUGCAACAGUGGGUCAAUUUGCGCCGUGGAGUCCCACCACCUGAAGAUCUCCAUAGCCCCAACAGAUUCUUCCCAAUGUCUCGGAGAGUACCUGAUUAUUACCCUCCCUAUUCACCCCAGUACUCGGAGGAUUACCAGUACUAUCCACCUGGUGUGCGUCCUGACAGUAUCUGCUCUAUGCCUGCCUAUGAACGUGUGAGCCCUCAGUGGGCUGUGGAGGACAAGCGCCACGCCUUCCGCAACAACAGCACAUUCCAGCUGAGGGAGUGGAAAGAACAGCCUGGCUAUAGCAGGCAAGAUGUGCCCAUCUGGAUCCCAGGCCCCACACCGCAGCCAGUGUACUAUGAUGAAAUAGAUGCUGCCUCAGGGUCCCUGCGCAGGAUGUCCCUUCAGCCUCGUUCGCGAUCAGUCCCCCGCUCACCAAGUCAAGGAACCUACAAUAGAACCAGAGUCUACUCUCCAGUAAGGUCACCCAGUGCCCAUUUUGAACGAAUGCCUUCUCGGAGUGAGGAGAUAUAUGCCGAGCCAACGAGUUACAUGAUGAGACGCUCUGUCAGUUCCCCAAAGGUGUCUCAUUUUCCUGACUCAUAUAGAGAGACGCUGCACACCUACAAGAUAAAUGAGCAACACACAGAUAAGCUUCUAGGAAAACUCUGUGAACAAAACAAGGUGAUAAGAGAACAGGAAAGACUGGUACAGCAGCUCCGAGCAGAAAAGGAGAGUCUAGAGAGUGCACUGAUGGGGACACACCAGGAACUAGAGAUGUUUGGGAGUCAGCCAGCCUACCCUGAAAAACUGCUGCACAAGAAGGAAUCUCUUCAGAAUCAAUUGAUCAAUAUCCGGGUGGAACUAUCCCAAGCCAGCACGGCACUGGCCAACAGCACUAUGGAAUAUGAGAAUCUGGAAGCUGAGGUGUCAGCCUUGCAUGAUGAUUUAUGGGAACAGCUGAACUUGGACAUCCAGAAUGAAAUGCUCAACAGGCAAAUCCAGAAAGAGAUUUGGCGAAUCCAGGAUGUGAUGGAGGGACUCAAAAAGAACAACCCCUCUCGGGGCACAGACACCGCAAAACACCGAGUGGCCCUUGGCCCAUCAGGAACUUACAGCUCCAACAGUCCAGCCAGUCCUCUGAGCUCAGCUAGCCUCACAAGCCCCUUGAGCCCUUUCUCUCUUGUGUCUGGAUCCCAGAGCUCCCCUACCAAGCAAGGCAGCAAUGAGUCAAAGUCCAGCUUUGAGCAGAGCAAGAAGGACCAUCACCGGGCAUCAGCCUCACACUCAACAAUGGAGGCUGGUCUCUUGCAGCCAAGACAGGACCAAGAUGCUGAUAAGCAGGUGGCACUCAACAAAGUUGGUAUUGUUCCUCCAAGAACUAAGUCACCUAUGGAUGAUGAGAACACACCAACAUCAGGUGUGGUGAGGAGGAGUGCCAAUGGGCGGGAUUCUCAGGACAGGCCAAAGAGUGCUGUGUUUUCCAAUGAGAUGAAAGCAAAGAUGAGUGUUGAGGAACAAAUUGAUCGCAUGAAACGCCAUCAAAGCAGUUCUAUGAAGGAAAAGAGACGGAGCUUGCAACUUCCAGCCAAUCAGCAACAGACAGAUAGCCUUCUCUCAAAAGCACCUGCCUCUUAUAAAGUGGUUCGCAGGCAUCGCAGUAUCCAUGAAGUGGAUAUAUCUGACCUGGAGGCAGCAUUACGCUAUGAAGAUUCUGGCAGGAUGUAUGAAAGCCCCCGAGAUGAGAUUGCUCGCCUGCGCAAAAUGGAGUUGGAGCCAGAACAUUAUGAUGUGGACAUUAGCAAAGAGCUUUCCACUCCAGAUAAAGUCCUCAUCCCAGAAAGGUAUAUUGAGCUGGAACCUGAUACUCCACUGAGCCCUGAGGAGAUGAAGGAGAAACAAAAGAAAGUGGAAAGGAUAAAGACACUUAUUGCUAAAUCCAGCAUGCAAAACGUCGUCCCCCUCAGUGAGGGAGAAAUGGACGUGGCCCAGGACUCAGAGGCUCAGUUACAGGAGCAGGAAAAACGAAUUGAGAUCUCCUGCGCUUUAGCUACAGAAGCCUCCCGACGAGGCCGCAUGCUGUCUGCUCAAUGUGCUACCCCGAGCCCUCCCACUUCCCCAGCUUCCCUGACUCCACCGACCAAGUCCCUCUCGUCUGACUCAUCCCAGAGCACCGACAGUCAUUUUAUGCGUGUCUGAACCU